AUGCCGUCGUACGAGCGCAUCGUGACAGGCGGGAGCCAGCUCCUGGCAUGGCAGCUCAAAGAUCAGCCCGUGCUCAUCGUCGGCGGCGGUCAGGUAGCAGCAGAUCGACUGCGCUGUGUGCUAGCUGCCGACGCAAAGGUGACGCUCGUCUCACCUGCCUCUGGCCUGGGCGAGGAAGUCAGGUACCGGCUGUUCAGCGAGCAGUGGCCCCAUCUGACCUACAUCGACCGCAUUUUUCAAGAUGACGACGUCAAGGGUCAGUACAUGGUCCUCACUGCCCUCGACGACUCGACGAUCAGCAGACACAUUCACUCGCUCUGCAAACAGCAAAAGAUCAUCGUCAACGUAGCCGACGUCAUCCCCCUCUGUGACUUCUUCUUCGGCUCUGUCAUCAGACGCGGACCACUCCAGGUCAUGGUCUCUACGGGAGGCAAAGGUCCACGGAUAGCCAACCGGAUCCGCAAGAUGAUCGAGGACGCUCUGCCGCACGACUGCGGCGAAGCUAUCGAGAACGUCGGCACGCUCCGUGCCGAACUGAGGAGACGCGCCCCUGCCCAAGAGGAGGGCAAGAGGCGGAUGGCAUGGAUGGUCAGAGUCUGCGAUCGUUGGUCACUCGAACAACUCGCUGCAAUGGACGACGCCAUGAGGGAAAAGAUCUUGGAUGGAUGGGAAGACGAUCGGGCGCUCUACUAUGCCGAUGUCACGUCUGCAUCCACCCUGGCGUCCAUCUCGCUCAAAUGGCAGUCACUGUGGCGUCGAUGUCCCUAUUCGCGCGCGGCUGGCCAAUUCGGCAUCCUCGCCGGUCUCAUGGGGUUCUCAUUUGGGAUCGCAAGCACGCUUGCCUUUCAGACUAUUCGCCUGAAGCGAUAG